AUGAAGUUCUCCCUCUUCGCCGCCGCUGCGGCGCUUGUUGGCUCUGCCCUCGGUGCUGAUGCCGUUAAGGGAGCUGCCGAGGGUUUCGCCAAGGGCGUCACAGGUGGCGGUAAAGCUGCGCCCGUCUACCCUUCCACCACCGCUCAGCUCAUCAGCUACCUUGCCGACUCGUCUCCCCGUGUCAUUGUCUUGACCAAGACCUUCGACUUCACCGGAACUGAAGGUACCGCCACCUCUGCUGGCUGCGCUCCCUGGGGAACUGGCUCUACAUGCCAGAAGGCCAUCAACAAGGAUGGCUGGUGUGACAACUACCAGCCCAACGCCCCCAAGGUCUCCGGCAUCAAGUACGACAAGGCCGGUGUCCUCGGCAUGACCGUCGGCUCCAACAAGUCCCUGAUCGGCCAGGGCUCCAAGGGUGUCAUCAAGGGCAAGGGUGUCCGCAUCGUCUCCAACACCAAGAACGUUAUCAUCCAGAACGUCCGUUUCACUGACAUCAACCCCGCCUACGUCUGGGGUGGUGAUGCUAUCACCAUCGACGGUGCUGACCUCAUCUGGAUUGACCACGUUACCACCGACCUGAUUGCCCGUCAGCACAUUGUCCUUGGUAACUCUGCCUCCAACCGCGUCACCAUCUCCAACAACGAGAUCAACGGUGCCUCGUCCUGGUCUGCCACCUGCGACGGUCGCCAUUACUGGGGCUUGUACUUCACUGGUUCCUCCGACAUGGUCACCUUCAAGAACAACUACGUCCACCACACCUCUGGCCGCUCCCCCAAGGUUGCUGGCAACACCCUCCUCCACGCCGUCAACAACUACUUCUAUGCCAUUUCUCACGCUUUCGAGGCCGACUCUGGUUCCAAAAUCCUCGCUGAGGGUAACGUCUUCCAGAACGUCGAUGCUCCUGCGCAGGCUGGUCUCCCUGGCAAGGUCUUCGCUGCCGGUUCUGCUUCCCUCAACUCUCAGUGCAAGACCUACCUCGGCCACAACUGCGAGCUGAACGCCCACGGUAGCUCUGGCACUCUUGCCGGCUCCGACACCAGCUUCCUCUCCAGCUUCAAGGGCAAGAACGUUGCUGCUGCUUCCGCCGCCUCUUCGGUCAAGAACCUUGUCAACACUGCCGGUUACGGACGCAUCUAA